UCUUUUCUUCCUUGCUGCACGGGAUCACCCACCAUGUCAGACGCGGCAGUGGACACCAGCUCCGAGAUCACCACCAAGGACUUGAAGGAGAAGAAGGAAGUUGUGGAGGAGACAGAGAGUGGAAGAGACGCCCUUGCCAACGGGAGUGCUGCUAAUGAGGAAAAUGGGGAACAAGAGGCUGAUGAUGAUGUAGAUGAAGAAGAAGAAGGUGGGGAGGAAGAGGAGGAGGAGGAAGGUGAUGGUGAGGAGGAGGAUGGAGAUGAAGAUGAUGAGGCCGAUGCAGCUACAGGCAAACGGGAAGCUGAAGAUGAUGAUGAUGAUGAUGAUGUUUAUACCAAGAAGCAGAAGACUGAUGAGGAUGACCAGACAGCAAAAAAUGAAAAGUUAACCAAAAAAGGCUGCGUGACCUGUUCACCCUCCACUUCCCGUCUCAGAAUCUAA